AUGGCAGAUCCCACGCCCAAACAUCCUGGUGCAUUGACACCGGCUUCCAUCUAUUUCGAUACGCCUCCGACUCCUGGCAACAAAGGAAUGGUCUAUGAUGCAGAAGAACCAUCGGCAGCACCAAAGCGACAAGACAACCAGUCUUCAGAAGCGAAGACCAAUGCAGCCAAUGCAGCCAAUGCGAACACCCAAACUGGAUCCAAGAAGAAGGUUUGCAUCGCAGUUGUGGUACUCUCUUGUCUUGUGGCCCUUGCGAUUGGAUUAUCAAUUCAUUUCUCUAAACCACCCGAGGAAGACUCAAGUGAUGGUCAGACUCGAACCCUGCGCUUUCUGGACUACCUGGAAACUAUGGACAAUAUCGAUGAAGCACUGCAAAAUGCAGACCCAGAAGAUUUGGAUGUGUUCGUGGAAGGUGUCCGCUCCAAAGUGGAUGACGAAUUCAAGAGUCUCAUCACCCCUCAGACCACUCUAGCAGCCUGGUUUCCCAACCCAAGUGGGUUUAAUAUCCCAGAAGUGCGAAGCGGCAACCGGCAACUUGUUAGGUACAAUGCUGACGUACUUACCACAUCACCAUCUUUCUCGGAACUGUCACGAAGACUCAAUGAAAAAUGCCUUGAGCUUCUUGUGGAAGUCAUUACAAAUCUUGUUUUUCUCGUUUUUGCAUCACUUGGACUCGGCUCAUUCAACAGAGUAUUUUUCAAGAAUGUGGCAAGCUCUCUCGUGGAAGCUGGACGAAGCGUUAACGUGUUUGAACAGCUCCUUACUGUAACAGAAUUUGCGCAGAAAACAGGAUCGAAAGUCGAUCUUUUGAAAUUUUCAUUGGAGCUUGGAAAAGGAAUACUCAGCACAACGGGAUUGAAUUUCUUCUGGAAGACUUUCAAGGAAAACGUCACUCCUCUUGAAGCAGUACUUGUUGGGGCAGAGACAGCCCUGACAAUAACAGCGUUCCUUGCAACUGGUGGAUUGGCGUUGUAUGCAAAACUCGCAUCAGUGGUUAUUGGUCUUGGACUUGCUAUUGAUGCCUUUCGUGACGCUUUGAUUGCAUAUUUUGACUGCAUGGAAGAUGAGAGUGCAAGACCAACUAUGUCGCCUUCUACUCUGAUGCCAACUAUGCCGUCUACAUUAGAUUCAUUCAAGACAACAAGGGGAACCUCAGAUCCGCAUUUCUCCACCUGGAACGGAUUUUUUAGCUACCAAGGGGCUUGUGAUCUAGUUUAUAUUGAUACAGAUCUCAUCAAGGUUCAUGUGAGAACAACAUUGUCCAGCACAAGUACAUUCUCCUAUAUUUCGGCGGUAGCUGUAUCCCUUGGUGGUGACAUUUUCGAGUUCAAUAGUAAUGAUGACUACUUUGUCAACAAGGAGAAAUCUCCCCUUUUGCCAUCACAGAUCGGAGGCUAUCCAUUGUUGAGAGGCUUUCGUUCCUUUUCCAUUGAUUUGGGAGGAGGUCAAUCAUUGCGGGUUUCCAUUUAUCAAUCAACGCUCACAGUUGAUGUCACCGGGCACAUCGACAAUUUCGGCGACAGCAAAGGAAUUUCAGGCUCGUUUCACCAGAACAGCGCUGUAAAGCGAGAUGGUAGCCUGUUUUCUGCAACGGAUCCGGCCGAAACUGCGGCUGAGUGGCUGGUUGACUCUGGGCUCGGAGAUGAACUACUCUUCACGGAACCAUCUCCACAUGAAGGCUGCAUUGAAUCAACUCCUUUCACGUACUCCGAUGCCCAGCGAGAUGCUGCUCGCGAAGCAUGUUCAGAGUGGCAGGGUGCCUCGUUUGAGAACUGCAUCUUUGAUGUAUUGGCAAGCGGCGGUAACACCGAUUGGGCAUCAAAUCCAGGGUUUGGGCCAGUGCUUGAAAUGGCAUCUUGUCCAAACGAGAACAAGUGUUUGAAUGGGACUGUCAACCUGGAUGGCUUCUGUGAGUACACGGCAUUUGCCUGCAGCAAUUCAUCGAAAGUAUGUGAUCCAUACGAUGGAAUCUGCAAGACCCAAAGUGAUAUCGUCCCUUGUGUUGCUGUGAUUGAUGAGUCAUCACUGAGUAACUCGCAAGCUGAGAGCAAAUGGGCUCAAUUUCGCAAGGAGUUCCCACGCCGUCCAUUCUGCUUGUUGCGCCCUCCUGCAGUGAGUGGUGGUAGCACUCUUCACCUUCCAAGCUCAUUUGAUGAAGAUCCAUUGACUCUCCAACACCCUGUAAAUCGUGAUUCACAGUACAAUUUGCCCAUUUCCGAUUGGUUCAAUCUCUGUGGUCUUGACCUUUGGGCAAAGAAUCUUGAUUUUAUUGCCCUCUUUCUGGAUACUUCUGGUAGUGUGAAAGAAAGUCACGUUAAAGGAUCUCUUGACUUCUUUGUUGACAAAGCGCAGAGCAUGGGUCUCAAGAUUCGAAUGGUGAAAAAUGGCAAUGAGAAUUGGAUUGAUCCAUUCACAGAUGAAAUAAUGCAAGCACAGGCAACUCCUCAGAAUGAUGAAUGCGGUGAUGCAUCGACCCUUUCUUCGCUACCCAUCACUUUAACUGAUAGCACGUUUGGCGCCUUUCCCGAUUUCAACCUCGGUAACUGUUCCGUCGCUCUGACAGCCAAUGGGGCUUGGUACAGUUACACAGCUACCGAGAAAAAGAUCUUGAAUGUGGUUAUUUCGGCUCCAAAUAAUGUUAAAACGGUACUUUCCGUAUUUGCUGGUGACUGCAACAAUUUCUCCUGCAAAGGUCAGAAUGGACCAUUUGCAAAUGGAGACGCUAGUUUAGCCUGGAUUACAGAGAGCGGUGUCACGUACAAAAUUCUUGUAUCUCAAGACAAUUUUGGCUUGGGAAUUUCUUCUUUUGAUCUCAGCAUUCAAGACUAUGAUGUCCCUGAUAACGACUCCUGCGAGGGCGCGACAUCCGUGGAGACACUGCCUUUUGAAUUGCAAGACAGUACGGUCGGUGCCCUUCCUGGUUCUCUUCCUGAUGCCAAUAUGACUACUUGCUUGGUGGAUGACAAAGCCAAUGGAAUCUGGUACAGCUAUACUGCGAACGCCAAAAAACUAAUCCGAGCUUAUGUGUCAGGUCCAAGCAGGGUCGAUACUGUACUUCGUGUAUUUAGUGGCGAUUGUACUGCCUUGUCGUGUAUUGGAAAGGAUGGGCCCUACUGGACGGGUGAUGCUGGGUGGAUUUGGAUAGGAGAAGCAGGAGUGACGUACAAGCUGUUGGUAUCUGAGGACAAUUUUGGUGUGGGAAUUUCUUCUUUUGAUCUCAGCAUUCAAGACUAUGAUGUCCCUGAUAACGACUCCUGCGAUGGCGCAACAUCGGUGGACACACUGCCUUUUGAAUUGCAAGUCAGCUCGGUUGGUGCUCUUCCUGAUUAUCUUCCUGAUUCGAAUCUGACUACCUGCUUGGUAGAUGAAGAAGCCAAUGGCAUCUGGUACAGCUAUACUGCUACUGCCACUAGAUCAAUCCGAGCUUAUGUGUCAGGUCCCAACACAGCUGAUACUGUUCUUCGUGUAUUUAGUGGCGAUUGUACUGCCUUGUCGUGUAUUGGAAAGGAUGGGCCCUACUGGACGGGUGAUGCUGGGUGGAUUUGGAUAGGAGAAGCAGGAGUGACGUACAAGCUGUUGGUAUCUGAGGACAAUUUUGGUGUGGGAAUUUCUUCUUUUGAUCUCAGCAUUCAAGACUAUGAUGUCCCUGAUAAUGACUUGUGUGAUAGCGCAACAUCAGUGGAAACACUGCCUUUUGAAUUGCAAGUCAGCUCGGUUGGUGCUCUUCCUGAUUCUCUUCCUGAUUCGAAUGUGACUACCUGCUUGGUAGAUGAAGAAGCCAAUGGCAUCUGGUACAGCUAUACUGCUACUGCCACUAGAUCAAUCCGAGCUUAUGUGUCAGGUCCCAACACAGCUGAUACUGUUCUUCGUGUAUUUAGUGGCGAUUGUACUGCCUUGUCGUGUAUUGGAAAGGAUGGGCCCUACUGGACGGGUGAUGCUGGGUGGAUUUGGAUAGGAGAAGCAGGAGUGACGUACAAGCUGUUGGUAUCUGAGGACAAUUUUGGUGUGGGAAUUUCUUCUUUUGAUCUCAGCAUUCAAGACUAUGAUGUCCCUGAUAAUGACUUGUGUGAUAGCGCAACAUCGGUGGACACACUGCCUUUUGAAUUGCAAGUCAGCUCGGUUGGUGCUCUUCCUGAUUCUCUUCCUGAUUCGAAUGUGACUACCUGCUUGGUAGAUGAAGAAGCCAAUGGCAUCUGGUACAGCUAUACUGCUACUGCCACUAGAUCAAUCCGAGCUUAUGUGUCAGGUCCCAACACAGCUGAUACUGUUCUUCGUGUAUUUAGUGGCGAUUGUACUGCCUUGUCGUGUAUUGGAAAGGAUGGGCCCUACUGGACGGGUGAUGCUGGGUGGAUUUGGAUAGGAGAAGCAGGAGUGACGUACAAGCUGUUGGUAUCUGAGGACAAUUUUGGUGUGGGAAUUUCUUCUUUUGAUCUCAGCAUUCAAGACUAUGAUGUCCCUGAUAACGACUCCUGCGAUGGCGCAACAUCGGUGGACACACUGCCUUUUGAAUUGCAAGUCAGCUCGGUUGGUGCUCUUCGUGAUUCUCUUCCUGAUUCGAAUGUGACUACCUGCUUGGUAGAUGAAGAAGCCAAUGGCAUCUGGUACAGCUAUACUGCUACUGCCACUAGAUCAAUCCGUGCUUAUGUGUCAGGUCCCAACACAGCUGAUACUGUUCUUCGUGUAUUUAGUGGCGAUUGUACUGCCUUGUCGUGUAUUGGAAAGGAUGGGCCCUACUGGACGGGUGAUGCUGAGGUGAUUUGGAUAGGAGAAGCAGGAGUGACGUACAAGCUGUUGGUAUCUGAGGACAAUUUUGGUGUGGGCAUUUCCUCUUGUACACUUUCAUUAGAUUUUAAUUAA